AAGCCACCUCGAUUUCCACCCCCUCUGCCGCCGGGGAUGACGCCGCCGUCCCAACAUCGCCCCAAAUGGGCAUGUAUUUCGAGACGGAGGACGAUGCCUACGAGUUCUACAAGGCCUACGCCGCCCGCCUUGGCUUCGUCGUCCGCAAGUCCAACAAGUCCAAGAACUCCCGGCACACCGUCACCCGUCGCCUCUUCGUCUGCUCCAAGCAGGGAUUCCGCCAAGAACCCAAAAGGCCCCAAGAAGAGACCAACGCCGCCGACGUUGCGGCUGCCGCCUCGCCACCGCCUCCUAGGUGCCCAGACUCGCGCACCGGCUGCCUGGCGGCCCUCACCAUCAAGCUCAUCCCUUCAGCCAAUGCCUUCCGCGUCACCGAAUUUGUCGCCGAGCACAACCACCCGCUGGCCUCUGCCGCGCCCGCUGUGUCGCUGGCCAUGAUGCCAUCGAGCUCGUCGCACCACGCCAUCGCUGCUGUGGCGAGCUUGCCCGAUCCGAGGGAAGGGCCACACACCGACAUGCACUUUGAGACGGAAGACGACGCAUAUGCCUUCUACAACCGGUAUGCCGAGCAUGUGGGCUUCAGUGUCCGCCGCUCGUACAAGAAGCGCAAGCGUGGGACGAUCGUGUCUCGGAUCUUUGUAUGUUCCCGUGAGGGCGUCAGUGACCAUGCCAAGCAUGAGGGCCUGGCCAGUGUCAGCACCAGCAGUGCUGGUGCAGGGGCACCAGACACACCUAGGCCAGGCCCACCGCCAACACGGACAGGGUGUCAGGCAAGAAUGGUGGUCAAGAUCACCCCAUGCCGAACAUAUCGGGUUGCAAAGUUCUUCCCGGAGCAUAACCACCCACUCGCAAACUCAGAGACAGUCCACAAGCUGCGGUCACAUAAGAUGAAGGCUCGAGUGCACGAGCUUGGGGCUGGAGAACUGCAUCGAAGGAAACAGGGGAAGGGCGCGCAGCUUGGGGAUGCUGGUGCCGCAUUGGAAUAUUUGGAGGGGCUGCAGGUGGGAAACCCCUCGGUGUAUUAUGCAGUAGGAAUGGCGCCUGAUGGGAAUUCAGCUGUGAAUUUCUUCUGGGCUGAUUCAAAGUCAAUAAUUGACUUCAGAAGCUUUGGUGAUGUUGUUUGCUUCGAUACAACAUAUGGACUGAAUGUGUAUGGGCGCCCCUUUGCAUUGUUUGUUGGUGUGGACAACCAUAAGCAGUUGCUUGUGUUUGGUGCAGCGCUGCUCUAUGAUGAUAGCAUCCAGUCAGUGAGAUGGGUAUUUCAGGCGUUUGCUGAUGCUAUGCGUGCUAGGCAGCCAAAGACUAUUUUUAUUGAUGAGCGUUCUGAAUGUGCUAUUGCAGCAGCAGAGGUAUGGCCUGGGAGUUACCAUUGCACAAGUGUGUGGCAUAUCUACCACAAUUCAAAGAGGCACCUGAAGCAGGUGUUUGAAAGCUCCAAGAGUUUUGGCAACACUUUGAGCCAGUGUCUCUUUGAGUGUGAAGAUGAGUUGGAGUUCUUGUCAGCAUGGGAAAAGCUAAUCGAGAAAUAUGACAUAGGUGAGAGUGAAUGGCUCAGCAGACUUUUCCUAGAGAAAGAAAAAUGGGCGCUGCCUUAUAGGAGAACCAUCUUUUCUGCUGAUAUACUCACUACCCUUAGGAAGGAGAAUAUGAUCAAUGAGCUCAAACGGGAGCUCAGUGAUCAAGAAGAUAUUCUGCUGUUCUUUAAGCGUUAUGAGACCAUGCUGGAAGAGCAUCGUUCAAAGAAAUUGCAUGCUGAUGUUGAUGGAAACCAGGUUACUUUGCCAAUCCCGUCCUUACGAAUGUUAAAACAAUCCUCAAAUGCUUAUACACCUGAAGCUUUCAAGAUGUUCCAGGGUGAGUUUGAGGCUUACAUGAACUGCCUGUCCUUCCCCUGCAGUGUAGUUGGCACAGUCUCAGAGUACAAAAUAACACUUGAUGAGAAGCCAUCAGAGGGCAUUGUCAAAUUCGAUGCACUAGAUGGCUCAGCUACUUGCAGCUGCAGGAAGUUUGAAUCUGUUGGAAUCCAGUGCUGUCAUGUACUAAAGGUACUUGAUCUCAAGAAUAUCAAGGAGCUCCCAGAACAGUAUAUUUUGAAGAGAUGGAGGAAAGAUGCCCGUUCAAUUAGAAUGGGAGAAGAACCUAAUGGUGGAUCUGGCAACAUUAUGCAGUCAUCCUCUGAAGUUCGCUACGCUAACAUGUGUCGUUAUGUUAGCCUAAUAGCUUCAAGGGCUGCCAAAUCAGAGGAGGCAAUGUCAUACAUCGAAGAUCAAUCAAGUGUUCUUCUGAAGCAUCUAGAUGAUAUUCUACAAACAGGCUAUCCUGAGAUUGGAAAUCAUGAUGUCUCUUCAAGUAGUCAAGCGAUUUCUUUUGUAGGGAAUCAACAUCUUGACCAUACAACACAAUCAAGAGCAGUUGCACAUACAGCAAAUGGACGUACAUCCUUUUUUGGAAUUUCCCCUUGUCCUGAAUCCAAUGGACAAUUGAACGGGUCAGUUGGUUCCUUGUAGUUUUAGCCAAAUCUGGGCUGAAGUAUGGCUGUCUACAGUACCUAUAUGUUGCCAUGAUGAUGCAACCAAGUGGAUCCGGAAGACCUCAUCAUUACCAAUUUGUUUAUGCAUACACACAGCCUAUCAGCCAAGCACAACCAUGACAGAUUACAGAAAAUGCAUUGCAAGGGUAUAUAUGAUCAGAGAAUAUGGGAAAAGCAAACUUACCUGUUGAAGUUUAUUCAU